UUUUUUUUUUUUUAACCAUUUUUGCUUUUUUUCCUCAUCAAUGGAGGUGCCAACUUCUUGGGAUGCACUUCGCAAGCAGGCGAGAAAACUUGAAGCUCAGUUGGAUGAGCAAAUGAAUCUGUAUCGCAAAUUGGUCUCUGCCAAUGUUUCUACAAAAGCUGAUGCCGCUGAGAGUGAUCUAGAAUCAUGGAUUGAUCGAUUACUGAAACAACUCCAACAAGUAAACUCACAGAUGCAAGCUUUGGUAUCAACUGGUGGGUCAGAAGUGGUUUCUCAUACUUUGAAUAGACACCAAGAAAUUCUUCAAGAUCUCACCCAGGAGUUUUUUCGCCUUCGCAAAAGUCUUCGGGCUAAGCAAGAACAUGCUUCACUACUGGAGGAUUUUAAAGAAUUUGAUCGAACUCGAUUAGACUUGGAAGAGGGUUCUGAACAGCAUGCACUCCUAAAAGAACAUGCAUCCAUCAGCAGAAGUACAGGACAGAUGGACAAUGUUAUUUCACAAGCACAAGCAACACUUGGCACGCUUGUACUCCAACGUUCAACAUUUGGUGGCAUCAAUUCAAAACUCAGCAAUGUUAGCAGUCGCCUCCCAACGGUAAAUACCAUACUUUCGGCAAUAAAGCGAAAAAAGUCAAUGGAUACCCUUAUACUUUCUCUAGUUGCAUCAGUUUGCACCUUUCUCAUUGUCAUCUACUGGCUAACCAAAUGAGGCGGUUUUUUCUUCGGGUUUUCGGCACCCGUUUGAAACUGUUGUAUGCUGCUUGUUGUCUAUUGUUAUGCUUACUGAAAUGUACACCAUGGUGAAGAAGGGUCAAUUUUUUGGAGUAGUGUUAUUGUUCAUUUUAUUUGUUUAUAAUCUUUGUAUGAGAAGGUUUGUUGUUGUAUAAUUUUUGUAUGACAAGCAAUGUUGAGUAAAGAUCAGAUUGUUCCUGAAAAAUUGGAUCAUGUUUCUUGUUUAGGAUAUCCAAUAUUCACAUAGCAUGUGGAAGAUUGGAGGUGACUUAUUGUUAAUAGUUGGAAUGAAAAAGGCAUUACCAAUAUUGUUGGAA